CGGGGCGCAUGGUCGCAGCGUGGCUGGUGGCGGUUGCAGCUCUGUCGAGUCUGCCGAUCCCGGGCAGCGGAGUGUGCGAGGCCAACACCGGCGGGAGCUGCAACGUGCUCGAGUGCAAGUCGUGGCGCCACGCAAGGUGCACAGACGUCGGCCCAGACCUCCACGCGGCGGACCCGAUAUUCCGCACGGGCACCAAGAACUGCACCUGCGACGAGGGGAGCUGUGCAAGCGAGGUCAACGGCGAGUGCGUGAAGCCAGGCGCGUGUCCGACGGAGACGGGAGUGUCGUGCAAGCUCUGCCAAGCCUACGGUAUUUGGUGUUGCGGUGACGGGCAGUAUUGCGCCCGGGCGUGGUGCACGUGCGAGCUGGGCCUCUGCUUUGAUGGGACGGCAUGUUUGCCAGCCCGCGACGGACACGCUGGCGUGUUGGCCGCAGAGGAGGACACCGUUGCACCAGGUGCGCUCGCCUCGGCCGUGCUGGGCGCGCUGGGUUUCGCCGCGCUGGCCGGGGCCGCCUGGAGGUGGAGGCGGUCAUGCCCCGGGGCUGCUGGCCGGCCGCGGCCGGGCGACCGCCCGCUGCUCGCGGAGGAGUCCUGA